AUGCUGCCUCAAACUAUGAUUAACGACUGCGAAAGCAACGAUCCAAACAGCCUUGACAACAACAACCAGGACGCCGGAGCUGCCGCAACGGCAACAGAUAAUGCCGUCAACGCGGCCCAUCCGAGGACGAAGCGGAAGAACCCUGAAAAGGUCGAUGAUAAGGCCCGCUGCCCGAUUUGCCAGGACCUCCUGCCGGAGGAAAACAGAGGCAUCGUGAAAUGUGGACACGUGUUCUGCUUGAAAUGCGUUCUCCAGUGGGUCAAGAAGCAGCAGAACAGCUGCCCAACAUGCCGCGCGAAGGUGUGCCACAUCAAGAAGACGCUCAGCUUGGCGGAGGCCCUAGAAAAGAAUGCUAACCGGAAACCUCUGACGAAAGCCCAGCUGAAGAGGACGAAGAGGAAGUCUACUAUCGGCAAGCCCUUCCCGAAGCCCGACAUCACGACCGAGAAGAUUCGCGUCCACAAGAAGGUUAGCCGGGAACAAAUCAGGCAGAACGCCAUGGCGCCACACCCUCAGGCGCCAGGGGGGUUCCUGCACGCGCAGGAGCAGGCGGAGGCGGCAGCGGAAGCGGCACAGGCGGUGCCUGACGCACAGCCAGACCAGGUGGAAGCCAUCGUGGACCAACAGGUAGCCAUCGCGGUGUUCUCGAGUUCCCCCCCCCCUCCCCCUGCUACCCCGCAAGUUCCCUCGCCCCUGCCGCCGUCGUCGCCGCGUUCUCUUGCGACGGACCUUGAAGACCGGCGGGUAGCGAUCGAGGCCGACCGCCGGGCGUUGUUGGAGUCUACCUCAGCUUUCAGGGGGCACCGCAGCGUCGGCGGGGGGUCCUACGUUGGAGGAGCCGGGGGGGCGAGGUCGAUUGGUGACAGCGGAGGCGGGGUCGGUGACCGUGUCGGCGAGGCAAGCCUUGACGUGAGAGUGGAAAACAACAGCGGCGGCGGCGGCGGCGGCGGCGGCGGCGCGGUCGGUGGUCGCGGAUGGAGAUCGACUGUGAACAUAGGCAACAGCAGCAGCGGCGUCAGCAGCGACGGGGGUGGGGAUGGCUCUGGAAACAGUGACGCGGACAACAGCAACAGCAGGAACAACGCCGGCGUGCGCACCGGCGGGGCGGCAGAAGCCGCGGCCCAAGAAUCUAGCUCGAAUCGUGACGUGCAAGGAGCAGCGACAUCGAGCGGCGGAGACAACCUCGACCAUGACGACGACGACGACGAUGGUACGGGUGACGGCGUCGGCAACAUCACCACGCUCGGGCACUUGCUGUCGGUCUUGGGCAGCCGUAGGAUAAGGGUGUCACCAAACGGUGGUAUUGGUGGUAUUGAUGAUGGUGGUGGUGGUGGUGGUAUUGCAGCCGCCGCCCCUAGCUCUGUCCCGUGCUCACCGCUCCUGCCCUCAUACAGCAGGCGUAGCAACAACAACAAAAGCAUUAGCAAUAGCAGCCACGGCGUCGGGAACCCAGCCACCGACCCGGAAACCAGAAGUGCGGCGCAGGCGGCCAUGGCAGUCUCUCGAGCGGCGUCUCGGUACACCUCGCUGGUGCCAGAGCAAGCGUUGGCAGUGCAGGGACUGGCAGCCCUCGAGUCAUCGCCGACGCUGCGGCAGCUGCGCGCGGUCGCCAGGCUUGUGGUCGGCGGCAGCGCCUCAGCUGGGAUGGCAGGUGCUCCGGCUCUGGCAAGCGUGUCACGGAGACGGCAACCGCAAGACGGGUUAGGACAAGAGAGCAGACAAGACCGGGACGACGAAGCAGGCGUGUUUGGGAGGCGAGACGGCGGGAAAAGCAACGGCGAGGAACGGGGUAACUUGCUUCCAAGGAUCGACAACGACGACAACCGCAGCGACAACAUCAGCAGCAGAGGCGGCGGCAACGGGUCUGAGGAAGAGCCCUGUGUCGAACCCGCCUCUCGACGCACAGCGGUGGGGGAGAGGGACGUCAGCCACACGGAAGAGCGCGACGAGUUCGCGUUUCCAGGAAGGAACGACAACGACACUACUGCGGGAGGAACCACCGGCUCGGCUUCUCCCAUCCUCAGCGACUCUUCGGCUACCGUUGCCUGCGGCUCUUCGACGUCCAUCCCCGAAAGCUUUGCGCACACAUCCGGCAAUGACGCUGCCCCCAGCGGCUCCAUCAACGACGGCGCAAACACUGCUGUUGCCGGCGCUGAAGAUGCCUGUGGUGGCGACGCCGAUGGUGCCGGGGUAGCAGGUAGUGACCAUGCUGGUGGAGGUAUCAGUGUUAGCGCGAAUGGCGCUGCAGGACCUGGUGGAGUUGCGAUCAACUCCGGCAGGGUCCACUCGAGCCCCCUCAGCAGCAACAACAACAAUAACAACAACAACACCUGCAGCUACCUGACGUGGCUAGAAUCUAGGUCGGACUUCAACCAUUGGCCAUCGCCGUCGUCGGACGACGACGACAACGCCGCCUCCGAUUGA